AUCCCACACCUCAACGACGUCGACUCUCUCUUCUCGCAGCGCCAGCGCACUCGCCUUCAUCCUCAUCCUCCAUCCUUGAAUUCUUCCUCGACGCCUUCGCCCGAGCUACAACAUCGCAACCAUGGCCAACGACGAGUAUGAUUUCCUCUUCAAAGUCGUGUUGAUCGGAGACUCUGGAGUCGGAAAGUCCAACCUUCUCAGUCGAUUCACCCGAAACGAGUUCAACCUAGACUCCAAGUCGACUAUCGGUGUCGAGUUCGCCACUAGGUCCAUCCAGGUCGACUCCAAGACGAUCAAGGCCCAGAUCUGGGAUACCGCUGGCCAGGAGCGAUACCGCGCCAUUACCUCCGCCUACUACCGAGGUGCUGUGGGCGCCCUACUCGUCUACGACAUCAGCAAGCACCAGACCUACGAGAACGUCACGCGAUGGCUCAAGGAGCUGCGAGAUCACGCCGACGCCAAUAUCGUCAUCAUGCUGGUUGGAAACAAGAGUGAUUUGCGACACCUCAGGGCUGUUCCCACCGAGGAGGCCAAGUCCUUUGCCAGCGAAAACCACCUGUCCUUUAUCGAGACUUCUGCUCUCGACGCCAGCAAUGUCGAGCUUGCCUUCCAGAACAUUUUGACCGAGAUCUACCGCAUCGUCUCCAGCAAGGCCCUCGACAGCGGCGACAGCGCUCAGGCCACCAUAGGUGCGGGCACCAACAUUUCGCUCAGCAAGCCGGCCGACGACGAUGCUUCAAAGGGCGGAAAGUGCUGUUAAGUUCUCUGAGGGGACCGUUUCCCAAUGGUCAUAGGGCUUUGGGGGUUUGGGAUACCUGGCGUCUCGUUUGUCCCCGGAAACGCUCGUCGCCGAAGGAGAGACUGGAGGAGACGAGGAAUCGUGAUACGUCUUUUUUUGAUAUCAGAAGGCGCGGUUACUUCGGCUUUCCUUUGUUCUUAUUUUUGUCAUGAUGGUUGUCUGGGGUUGAUGCGUCCAACGAUCGCUGCGACAUGGUCAUCUUAACGUAGCUGAAUGAAUUCUUUAUAAUGUUUCCCCUGAUCAUGUCUGAGCUAGACACACGUCAUCACUCCUCAGUUGUUCCAGAGGCGCAGGAAGCUCAAGAUGUGCUCUAAAUGGAUGCCUGCUUGGUAGAUGGCGGGGUUGAAGGCGUCAGAUCAUGUAAUCUCGUAGACGACGUCAGCAUUGACCUCUCUACUAGCAGUUCCCACGAUAUUCAGACCUUCAAU